AUCAGAUAGUGACAAUAUGACUUUCGAUUCAGAAAUAUUACCUUCAACGCAAACAUCAGUAGAGUCUAAAGUUUCAUUCAUACACCAGCUGGAAGAUCAAGAAGAGCAAAAUGAAGUUUUUCAAAGCAAUGAUGAGCAUAGUGAUAAUGAUAAUAUUAUGCGUAAGUUUGAAGGACAUAGAUCUGCACGAGAUUUUGAUAAUAGGGAGAACUCAAUGAAAAUAUAUAACGUAAAAUCGUUUUCACAAGAUUCUGACGAUUCUUCGCGCAAGAAGGUAACAAAAAAUGUCAAGAACAUAGAUAUAACAUCGGAAAUUAUUAACAAUAUCGAAGUUCAAGAAGAAAUACGCAUCAAGCUUGAUCACUUAGAAGUCAAAUUAGACCGUAUCUUAAGGAAACUCUUUCCAGAGGAAGUCAAGUUGAAGCGACCACAUGGAAUCCCGGCAUUUCCUCUACNUACAGAAGAAGAAUGGGAAAAUGUUGAAGUAAUUCUUGCAAAUGACGAUGUAUUUACAUAUGUGAUGGAUGUCUUCGCAGCAAAAAUUAAAAACCAGGAAUCAAAAGUUGCUGCUGUGCAGUCUAUACUUCCAAAAAUAAUUACAAAUUCUCUCUCCAGAUCUAUUAGCUGGGGAGGCACUAAAAAAACUAAAAUUGCUUUCAAAACAAGCAAAAUAUAUGAAGCUAUUCAAACCACUAUUCUCCAAAAAUUUGGUAAAGCAGCCAAUCUAAAAAAACCCGAAGAUUACGUGAAGCGUUGGUUUAGUACCAGUGCUCAACGAAUAGUAUAAAUGCGGUUUUCUAAUUUUAUCUUUCAGAAGAAUACAAUGUUCUUUUCUUUUUUAUCAUUUUUUAGUUCCCUUUACAUAUUUAGUUCAGCAAAUACUUUUUUAAAUAUUUGUCUUAAAUUUAAAAAAAUAUCUGUGUGCAAUUAAGUUGUUCCUUAUAUUUAUCGUAUUCAUGAAAAUCAUAUGCACUUGUGCAU